GCCCAGCCGACGCCGGCAACUCCAUUCGCUGCUCUAGGGUUUUUCCCUUGCUCGUCUGCGCCGCCACCUCCUCCACCUUCUCUUCCCCUCCCAACCAUGACGGCGGCCGAGAUCGGGAAGCAGGAGGAGGAGCUCCGCGCCCAGAUCGAGGAGCAGAAGCUCAACGAGGGAGAUGAGCCAGUCGUUGUUGAAGAUGACGAUGACGAUGAAGAUGAUGACGACGAGGAUGACAAAGAUGACGAUGAUGCGGAGGGAGGUGAUGCAAGUGGAAGAUCUAAGCAGAGUCGUAGUGAGAAAAAAAGCAGGAAGGCCAUGGUGAAGCUUGGCAUGAAGUCUAUCACUGGUGUGAGCCGUGUUACUGUCAAGAAGAGCAAGAAUAUCCUUUUUGUCAUCUCCAAACCGGAUGUCUUCAAGAGCCCUACAUCCGACACCUAUGUCAUUUUUGGCGAGGCCAAGAUCGAGGACCUGAGCUCGCAGCUGCAGACCCAGGCUGCAGAGCAGUUCAAGGCGCCGGAUCUGAGCAGCAUGCUCUCGAAGCCGGAGGCGUCGACAGCAGCCCAGGAAGAUGAUGAGGCCGUCGACGAGACUGGUGUCGAGCCGAAGGACAUCGAGCUGGUGAUGACCCAGGCCACCGUGUCGAGGUCCAAGGCGGUGAAGGCACUCAAGGCUGCCAAUGGCGACAUCGUCACAGCCAUCAUGGAACUCACAACUUAGCGAGAUUCGCGUUCGAUCAUUUGAUUCCGUUUCCAUUCUACCUCAUCUAGAUGGGGGGUUUACAUGUGUUGAGAUGUUUGCUUUGUCGUUUGUGCGCACCAUUGUUAUUAUCAUGAGCAGUCUUGGGACGAUGUAAGGAUAAUCUAUUGAAUGUCUUGAGUAAGAUGGGGGCUUACUGCCUUUUCCUGCACUUGGA